AUGGCCGCCGCCGCUGCCGCCGCCGCUCCGCCGGAGACGCCGCUUCCAUCGGCGGACGAUCCCGCGUACGCGGAGGAAGAGGAGCAGUGUCGCAUCUGCCGCUUCCCCGCCGAGGCGGACCGCCCACUUCGCCGCCCCUGCGCCUGCCGCGGCAGCAUCCAGUUCGUCCACGACGAGUGCCAGCUCCAGUGGAUGGCCAUCCGCCACCAACACGAAUGCGAGGUGUGCAAACGCCUCAUCUUGACCCGCCCUGUCUACGCCGCAGACGCCCCCGCAAGGCUGCCCCUGUGGGAGUUCAUGUUGGGCGCGCCCAACAGGAUCAUGGGUCUGCUGCUCUCCCUCUUCUUCGCCGCAUGUGUCCUCCGCGAGUCAGUCGUUCGCCUCACCACUCUCUGGUCAUGGCGCGUCGCGGUUGCCAGGACCUUUGCUCAAGUGCACCGUCUGCUCUCCCUCGGCCUCUCUACCACGUCCAUCAUCGCUUUGAUACCUCUCUGGGUUUUGUUUGCCCAAAAGCUCAGGCCAUCUGCUGUAGCUCCAUUCACGCGCUGGGUUCAACGUAUGGAAGCUCGUCUUCACGGGCUUCGGGGAUUUGAUGGCUUGCAAGUCGUUGCGCUAUUCGCUGUUGAAGGUUUAUUGUGGGUGUUAAUAGGUGACAUGGCACUUGCUUGUGUUUGUGGUUUUCUCCCAUUUUCACUCGGAAGGAUAACCUUAUGGUGUAUGUCAUGUUUCAAUUUUGGCAUUGUGGAUGAACUCGAUUCGUAUACAUCAACAGCUUCUGUCCUUCUAAUUGGAUAUGGAUUUAUCUUUUCUGCGGGCGCAACUUUUGCUGGGCUUAAUACUUUUCGCCGAUACUUGACGGGCAAGCGCCUCAUGAUUGCUAGUUUCUUUACAAGUCCGUGUGAUACAGUCCUUAGAGGGAUCGUAUAUUUGAUCACUCUUGCAAAUAUUUGUCUUAAUCUUCUGAACCCACUUAUACUACAACCAUUGCUCUUGGGUUGGUUGCUUGAUAUCUGCACUUCGAAAAUGUUUGGUGCAACAAUAUCAGAGAGGUUCAAACUUCUGAUUGCAUCAUCUUUUGCUUCUAAUGCUCUUCAUUGGCUAAUUGGACUCACCAUUCCUACUCUACGCCACAAAUUGUCGAAAAUUCUUCAUCAGUUUCUCAUUGGCAAUAUGGUUUUAUACCUUGAGUGGGUAGUGGGGAGGGUAACAAUGUAUUCUUUGUUCACUGCUGGGGAGGAUCUGGGGACCAAUGCGGCACCAAAAGUCCAGUACGGUAGCAGUGAUGAAGUCAAUGAUAAAAGACGAUUUUUUGCUGUUGGAACAAUGUCACGGGUGCUGCUAGCAUGGUUGGCUGUUGUGAUUUUCAUAGUUCCUCUAUUGAUUGGCAUGCUGGUUGAUUUAUCAUUGCUGUCACCCUUCAUCGGGCCUGAUGAUGAUGUUCCAGCUGUUGGCUUUUUCUGCACUUGGUUUCUGGGGCGGCAAUUGCAGAAUAUCGGGAACUACUUGGCUCCUCGGACAAGGUUCUCGCCUUACCUCCCUUUCGUGGCAUAUUUUAUUGAUGAAGGCCACUACGUGAAUGUUUGUUUGUCAAGGGAGGUGCUUACAAGUGUCAAGCUAACGCGGUUGCUACAAGAUGAAUUGUUGCCUAUUGCCUCGAAGCUAGUCACUGCUCUGGGUGCUCCCUAUGUGCUUGCGAAGUGCAUAUUCCCAUUAUUGGGCUACCCGGUCGCCGUGAACUUAGUGGUCUACCGUUUCGCGUGGUUGGGCAGCCUCACCUUCUGCGUGCUCUGCAUCAAACUCCAUGCUUCGAUAAGGAAUGACCGCUACGCCAUCGGGCGGAGGUUGGAAGACGUGGAUGACACUUGCUGGAAGACUCUACUCCUAGGGCUCUAUUUCGAGUAG